UCGUAUUUAUAAAAAAGGCGAAAUAUGCGUAUGAGAAUUUGCUUAAGACUAUCAAUAAUUUGUAUUAUAAAUUAAUGUAAACUAAUAAAAAUGUUAUGUUAAUUAUCUUUGUUUUAUUUGUCUAUCUCUGACGUUGUUAUUAUUAUUUAGUUGUAAGAUUGUUGGCCACCCGGGAAGGUCCACAUUAAUAUCAACAUUUCGAUGCAAGUACAUAAAUAACUCUACCUAAUUCCGACCUUUGGUGAUAACCCCAAUUUCAUAUGUAAGGACCUAAUAUAUCGAUAUGUAUUUUUUAUCGAAUAUAUACUUUCCCUAGUCAAAUGUCACCUAGAGUAUUAUUGUUCUGUGAUGUCACCUGUGACCUGUCAAUCGGCUAAUCUGUCGGUUUUGGAUUUGGUGUACAAUAAUAUGUUAUUAUUGUUCAAUAAUUAAAGUAGAAAAAUAAUAACUAUACUUUUGAGUGAGUGAUCAAAUUAUAUUUUUUAUUGUAAAAUUGUUGCUUUAAUGAUCCAAAUGAAUUAGAAUAAUAAAAUGUUUGUUGAUAUUUUAUUUGAUGUAUAUUUAUUAUAUAUUUUUAACCAAUAAUUUAGGUGUUCAUAAAAGACUAGUAAGGUAACAAAAGACCAAUAUGCACAAUGUUGGAGGGUCUAGUGGCUUGGGUUCUAAACAAUUACCUUGGAAAAUAUGUGGAGAACUUGAAUACGGAUCAGCUGAGUGUAGCUCUUUUAUCUGGCAAAGUAGAAUUAGAAAAUCUACCAUUGAAAAAAGAUGCAUUACGUCAUCUUGGACUGCCAGUCGAAGUCAAAACAGGCUUCAUUGGUAAAGUGCAGCUGCAGGUGCCAGUUCGUCAGAUACGCUCUGCUCCAUGGUUGAUAGCUAUUGAAAAACUUUAUGUUGUUGUUACCCCUGUCAAUCUGGAUGAGGUGGAAAGCACAGGAACAUUUUGUUUACUGAUGAGAAAAUUUUCAACAUUGAAUAACAUUUCCAACAAGCAAAAUAACCCUGUUUACACCCACAAUUCUAAAGAAGCAUCCCAAGUUGUAGAAAGUGUCCAGAGAGGCCACUACCUCAUGUCAGUGAUGGUUUGGUGGAGGGUGUCCUACCACGGUUGGGAUAGUGAAGUAGAAGCGAACAUCGCUCAUGAGCGGAAGGUGGCGUUACUAGAUGCACUAGAAGCACAAUGGCGGGCCGACCACGAAGCUUGCGAUGCUGGAUAUUACGCCACCUCUUACUCCUCCUGGCUCAGCUAUGGCACAGGCCUACUCGCCAACAUUGUCGAGAAUUUGCAGCUAAAACUAUACGACGUGCACAUACGUUACGAGGACGCGUUGACGUGCGCGCCGUGCGCAUUCGCGUGCGGCCUCACGGUGGAGGCGCUCACCGCGGAGUCGUGCGACGAACGGUGGCGGCGCGGCUUCACGCUGCUGAGCGACACCGACGGAUGCUCCUUCAAGCUGCUGGAGCUCCAGCGGCUCGCCGUCUACUGGGAUCCCGUCGAGGUGCCCGGGGGCAUGUACGCGGGCUGCGUCGUUCCAGAAUUGACGGAGCGCAUGGGCGGCAGCUGGCGCGCGCCGCACCGCUACGUGGUGGCGCCGGCGGGGGCGCGCGCGCGCGUGCGGCGCGAGCGCACGGGGCAGCCGCUGCGCUCGCGCACGCGCCCGCGCCUCGCCUGCCAUCUCGCGCUCGACGCCGUCACGCUCAACCUGGCGUCGAAAGAGGUUGUGAUAUACGCUAAAAAUAAAAGAUAUAAAACGAUGACGUGUGUUAUGGUGCAGUGGCAGUACGACGGCCUGGUGGGGUGCGCGGCGGGCCUGGCCCGCAUCGCGCGCGUGCGCGAGUACCGCGCGCUCCGCCCCGCCGCGCCCGUCCGCGGCCACGCGCGCCGCUGGUGGCUGUACGCGCUCUCCUGCCACGUGCGCGAACAUCCAUGGACGGAGCCUAAGCCGUCGUGGUCGUCGUGCGUGGAGCGCGCUCGCCAGACCCGCCGGUACGUGGACACGUGCGCGAGCAUGCUCGCCAACCCCGCCGCCGCGCUGCCGCCCGACGAUAAGCGGGCCAAGGACGAGUUCGAGUACGCCACGCCUCUGUAUAUACUCAAGGCACUGAGAGAGGCGGCAAUGAGAAAAGUUCCAAAAUCCACACCGGUGUCGACGCCGGAGAAGCCUGGUGGUUCCGGGCGCAGUAUGCUGGUGCACUGGUUCCCGCAGUGGUGGGGGUGGUACGGCAACCCCGACGCCCCCGCCCCCGCUCCUGCGCCCUCCCCCUCCGCGCCCUCCCCCGCGCCCGCGCCCGAACUCGAGGAGGAGAUUCUCGACGUGCUCGCCGACUCUAUCGAGAAUAACACGCUGCUCAAAAGGGACACCGUGUUCGGAAAGUUCGAAUUCGAGCUAUCGAAAGGCAGCCUCAACCUGUCCACCGAGGACGAAGCCGAUCUCGAAGUCGACGCGGCCCCGGAGCGGGCGCCGGCGGGCGUGACGCUGCAGUACAGCGGCGUGCGCGCGUGCGUGGAGGCGCGCCCGCGCGGGGGCUCCCUGGCGCUGCGCCUGGCGCUGGGCGCCGUCAGCCUGCGCGAGCGCCUCACGCCGCGCACGCUCUACCCCGUGCUGGUGGCGCCGCAGGGGAUGAUCCGCGAGGGCCUGAGCGGCCUGAACGCGGCGUGCGCGGGGCCCGCGCCCCCGCCGUCCCCCGCGCAGGAGCCGCUGUUCCAGCUCACGUACGAGAAGAAACCUUUCGGCGUCAACGUCGAUUACAAGUCAGUCUCCGAUAAUUUAGUAGCCGUGCGACUGAUCGCAGGGGCCGGCCGGCCCGAGAGUGAGCCGUCCGCGAAACUUAACGAUCCGCGAGUUGACCGUAGACGAAAAAGAAAUUAUUUUAUGUGUAAUCCCCAGUGA